ACACACAGUCAUCAGCACCCCACCCCCAGACACUCACCAACAGACUAGAAACAGAGGAUAAAUUCCCCUGCUAUCCUUCAGUCACUUUUAAUCUGGACACGGGAAAGAAAGUGAUAAAUGUGAAGGAAAUGCACCUUGAAUGAGUGAGUUCAGCAGCUGAUUCCACCUUUCUGGAUUGCUGUGACCUGUUCAGGAACAACUGUAUGACAUCUAGGAAAAGAGAUGGUGGGCCUGGCUGUCUCCUCAGCAGCUGUUUCUGCGAUGGAGCUCUUGGUGACGGAGUUGAAUGUGCUGUUGAAGCUGUUGGACCAUGAGACCCUGAGCUGUGCUACAGAAGAGAAGAAAACCGCUGUGAAGAACCUUCUCAGACAACUUCAGCCCUCAGUCACUGGAAAAGACUAUAUGUACAUGAACAGCUCAGUAUACAGAAAUGGAACCAGCUUUGUCGAAUCCCUUUUUGAUACAUUCGAUUGUGACCUAGGGGACCUGAAGGUUGAAAUGGAGGAUCAGAAGAAUGAGCCAGAGACAAAACACACUGACCACAUUGUCCCCAAACCAAGCACAGCGGACUCGCCUCCCCCCCUGCCCAACACACCACCUCCAGAGGAUUACUAUGAAGAAGCCGUUCCACUCAGCCCUGGAAAGAUGCCAGAAUAUAUCACUAGCCGCAGAAGCUCCAGUCCUCCUAAUUCCAUUGAAGAUGGAUAUUAUGAAGAUGCUGAGAACAAUUACCCAACAACUCAAGUGAACGGACAACGCAAAAACUCCUAUAAUGACUCGGAUGCCUUAAGCAGUUCUUAUGAGUCAUAUGAUGAGGAAGAGGAAGAGAAAGGCCAGCGUUUGACACACCAGUGGCCCUCAGAGGAGAACUCCAUGGCCCCGGUGAGAGACUGCCAUAUCUGUGCCUUCCUGCUGAGGAAAAAACGCUUUGGCCAGUGGGCCAAACAGCUCACUGUCAUCCGCGAGAACAGACUCCAGUGCUAUAAAAGCUCAAAAGACCAGUCGCCCUACACUGACAUACCACUCAGUUUGUGUAAUGUCAUCUACGUGCCCAAAGAUGGCCGGAGGAAGAAGCAUGAGCUCCGAUUCUCUCUUCCCGGUGGAGAGGCACUGGUGUUAGCCGUGCAGAGCAAGGAGCAGGCCGAGAAAUGGCUCCAAGUGGUGCGUGACGUUACAGGUCAGGGGAAUGGGUUGGACAGCCCAUCUUCUCCCAUGAUUCCAAAGAAGAUUGAACUGGACAAGUGGUGUUCUUCAGAGAAGCAAACCUCAGAUUCUGACAGUAUGCCAAGUGGAGAAAGUGCUCGCGAUGGACGGGAAAAUGGUAAACCCAAGCGAGGUGCACUGUCAGAACUAACGGGCAACGUAAGCCGAGCUGCAGGAAGAAAGAUCACAAGAAUGAUCAGUUUCUCCAAAAGAAAGCCUCCACUGCCAGGAGACAACUGCACGUCACCCGACCAGGAUCCCCGGUGUGGUUAUGUAGGAGUGCUGUUGAAUCAGUGCUGGAAGGAACACUGGUGUCGGGUGCAGGCUGGAUUUCUUUACCUUUACCAUGAGAAAGGAGAACAGCGGGUCCCCCACACCACUGUGGCUCUGAAGGGAUGCGAGGUUGUCCCAGGCCUCGGGCCUAAACACCCCUUCACCCUGAGGAUACUGAAAGGAGGUGCAGAGCUGGCAGCUUUGGAGGCGAGUUGUUCGGAGGACAUGGGCCGCUGGCUGGGAGUCUUGUUGGCAGAAACUGGUUCCUCUGCUGACCCCGAGUCCCUACAUUAUGACUAUGUAGAUGUGGAAACUAUUGCCAACAUCCGUACAGCUGCCCGUCACUCUUUCCUAUGGGCAACCUCCACAGAUUUUAGAAUGUAUGAUGAGGUCCCUUUCGAAGCCAUAGAGCAGGAAAAUGAGGGGUUGAUGGGAGAAGCACAAACAAAACGUCGUUCUUCUUUCUCCAGCAGUGAAACAGGAAAGCCCAGUCCACAAAUCACUCUAAAACGCCACGGCUCCAACGCAAAUCAGUACGGGAGGUAUGGGAAAACACGGGCACAGGAGGACGCACGCCGAUACUUGAAAGAAAAAGAAGACCUGGAAAAAGAAAUAGAUAGUAUCAGAGGUGCCCUAGUCUCUCUGCGAAAAAAGAAACGAGAGGCCAAAGAUAAGAUGAAUGGUGCCCCGGAUAAGCAGAAGUUGGCUUUAGAGGAGUGUGUAGCUCAGUUAGAGGACAGCUGUCGGGUGAAAGAGGGAGAGCGUGUGGACCUAGAGCUCAAACUCACGCAGGUGAAGGAGAACCUAAAGAAAUCUUUGGCUGGUGGAGAACUGGGGGCACCUACAGAGUACAUACAAAUUACAAACAAGACUCAGUAUAUGGAGUCAUUUCUCUCUGUUAACUGCACCUCUGAAAUGCGUAAGCGCCCCCCCUCCAUCUAUGCAUCCACGAAGGGAAACGUUAUGCAGAAAGCCAAGGAAUGGGAAUCUAAGAAGGGGACUUAAACUGCUGAUCAGGAAUGUCAAGGUUAAGAUGAGGACUUUUCAGCCACCUUUCUCAAACACAGACUGCUGUAAAUGCAUAUAUAUAUUGACUACGAUGACUGCCACUUUGGUAACUUUAUAAUGGGGUUAGAAUGACAAAGCAGCCGCAGUCAAAUGAUGAGGUUCUCUUCAAGUCUUGUGAAGUUCCAUGUUACAGGCACAAAUAUUGAAGGAUUGAGAUGGUAUGAGGAAAUAAUAGUUUGUCCUUUGAAAGUGCACAAAAGAGUUGUGGGUAGGUGGUAAAGAAAGAUGGGAAUGAAUGGGGGACAAUUCACUUUAAAAUAGUAUGUUAGGAGAGGCAUGGUGACAGAUUUGUACAAAGUGUUUUUACACUCCAUUGCUUAUACAGUACUUCUGGGGUAACUCCUGCUCUUAAAGGGUUACUUCUCCCCAAAAUGACUUUUUUUUUUUUUUCAUUAAUCACUUACCCCCCUGUCGUUCCAAACCUGUAAAAGCUUUCUUCUUCUUUGGGAA